AUGCCUCCCUCCAAGCUAUUCAAAGGUGUGGCCCGAAAGGCCUUGAAAGCAUUCAGUGUGGUUUCAAUUGGUGGGAUCUCCUACUUUGUAGGCAAUGCUGUUGAGCUGUCUCUGCCCGAGGAAUGUGACACUGCUGGGGCCAUACUCCCCGUGCUCGUCUUCGAACUCAAUGAUCAAGAGAUCACCAAACACGCAGUCUUGGAGAGAUUUGAGGAGUUUGCUCAUCGGGAUGAUGUCUUCCACAUGAGCUUCACUGAGGGCAGCGUUCUCAUCCUACGCUCGGAUGAACUGCCUGCAUCAACGCAUGCUCUACCUGAAUCUUUGACUGAGCACCUCAACCUGGCAUCGAGCAAACUUUUUUUAUAUCUUCAAGUCGUGAAGAGCUUCAAGAAGGCCCGGGUUUCCUCCAGGGAAGAACUUUGCAUCGUGCUUGGAAACUGUACCGCGAUACCAGCUCCGCUUUCACUCUCUCCGUCAUCCCUGCAGAUUCUAGAGAGAAGUACAACCAGGUUCGAACCUCUGAAGGCCGGAGCAUAUUCCGGACUACACCGGGUGGUCGCUGUCCCUUCAAGGCUGUACUUUGAGCCGUCGCGGGAGAAGCCAUUGGCAGGCCUCCGCGUGACAGUGAAAGACAAUUACAAAUAA